AUGGAGAACCCCACUCACCCUGCCUCCGAUCUCGAGGCGAGUCCCCCACCGGAGAAGCCCAGGGAGCCCGCCCCUCGGUGUUGGAAGCAGAACGUGGACCCGACCCAUGCGGACUUGAUUUGUCUGCUUCUCUGCUUUCUGACCGGACUAUGUGAUAGCAGCGCAUACAAUGCGUGGUCUUGCUUCCUGGGCAUGCAAACCGGAAACACCAUCUUCCUCGGACUCGGUGCAUCCAAUCAACCCAUCAGCAAGCCCUGGGGCUGGCUCAAGUCGCUCGUCUCCAUCGUAUUCUUCUUCUCCGGUGCCAUGAUUUUCUCCACCAUCAUGCGGCGCGUGGGUGCGCUCCGGCGCGGCACCCUCUUCGUUUCCUUCCUCGUGCAGACCGUCCUCAUCAUCAUCGCCGUUGCUUUAAUUCAGGCCGACCUGAUCCCCCAUACCUCGUCCGAUAUGUCUCUGGGCGGAGGCCCGCUCUUCCUGGAGCUGAUCCCCAUCGCAUUACUCGCUUUUCAGUCGGCCGGUUCGAUGACCUGCAGCCGGUCCCUCGGGUUCAACGAGAUUCCGACCGUCGUUCUCACCAGCGUCUACUUUGACAUUGCGUCGGACCCGAAGAUCACGGACAAGCCGACGGCCAACGUCAAGCGAAACCGCCGUGUCGGAGGUGUGGUGUCACUGCUGGUGGGUGCAAUCGUGGGCGGAUGGCUGAGUCGCAGUAGCGGCGGCAUGGAGUCGGCGCUGUGGCUGGCGGCGGGCCUGAAGUUCGUCGCGGCUUGUGGCUGGCUGUUUUGGAAGGGCGCGGUGCCGAAAUAG